AUGGAGCACCGGUCCGACUUUGUCCGCGUCCGGGCCGUCGCGGACUUUGGCGGCACCUACAUCGACUUUGACGUGCACGCCCUCCACGACAUCGGAAGUCUUCGGCGCUCGGGCUUCCGCGCCGUGGUCGGCCGGCAGGCCGAAGGUGGCGUCAACAGCGGCGUCUUCAUGUCGGCGAAAAACAGCGCGCUCAUCUCGCUCUGGGUCGAGGGGAUGCACGCCGCGUACACCGGCGGCUGGACCAUCCACAGCAACGACGUGCUCACCCGCAUCAGCGAGCAGCUCGCCACCGUGCCUGACGAGGUGCUCGUCCUCGAGCAGCCCGCCUUCAACCCGGGGAGCUGGUACGAGCAGGACCAGAUGGAUCUCUGGCUCAACCGGGAGGACGCCCCGUCCAAUCUGAACGACAACUUUGCCGAGGGCGACCCGCUCCUGGACUACGCGACGGCGCCGGUGCUCGACCGCUGGAAGGCCGACGACAAGGACGACCCCGACCGGCCGAGUUGGGCGUGGAGCUGGUCUCAGUCCUACGUGCUCCACGCCUUCUCGCCCCGGUUUGUCAGCGACCGCAAAGUUUUCCCCAAAGUCACGCCGCGCUACGUGCUCGAGAGGCGAAGCAAUUUUGCGCGCGCCGUGUACCCGGUUGCUAAGUUGAUGUACGAGCAAGGCCUCAUUAGCCUCAACGACACUCUCUCGGGUCUGUAG